AUGAAUGGCCAGAGUGAUGAGCGUGGUGGCCGUGCGGCCCCUGAUGCGCCAGCCUUGGACAGCCUGAUUGGCCACAAGGACAUCUCGUCUUCACAUCCUGCCGUGUCAAACAAGGCAUCUCUCGCCUUUAUGGCUCAAAGCGCGCUGGAUCUCUCAAACUCUGGAACUGGCAACUCCUUCCCCUCCUCUUGCUCUUCCUCCUUUGCCUCCUUCGCAACUAGCACCAACACCAGUGGCGACGGCGGUGAUCAGCGCGGGAACGAUCCUCCUCAAGCACCGCAAGCACCGCAACCUCCUCACAAGGUGUACGCGAGGUCCACUGCCUCGGGAAACCGCUGUGUGCGGUGUAUCAUCCACAAGAAGAAGUGCGACGGAGUAAGACCUGUAUGCGGGUACUGCGUUAGCAGUAGACACCACAAGUACGAUUGCGUGUAUCCACAAGGCAAUCCAACCCGACGACAGCUCGAAGAUAUGAGGAGACAACAGACGGACACGGCUUCUGGCGCUGGAGGUCAACAGAAUGGCGAUAACAACAACAGCAACAUGAAUACAUCGGCUGCCACGGCGUCUCCUUCCACAACAGCACAACCUGCUCGACUUACUCCUCCAUUGUACGUACGAGAGCUAAGCCAUCACCUGUCCCGCAUGCGACAGGCUCAUAUUGCUGCUGCUGCUGCUGAUGCACGCGAGCAAGCGGGCAACAAUCCCAGCAACACUCUUGCAGGCGCUCCAAAUGCAAUAAUACAUCCACUUGCACCACAUGCGAUGCAGCCAAUCCCUUCAAUGGCCACCCGACAACAAUAUAUGCCACCACAGAUGCAAGUCGUGCAAGGCAUGACGGGUAUUCAGGCUCAAGGCGUCGGCUUACAGUGCCAUACCAGUCAAGCGGCUGGGUUUCAAGCUUCUCAAGCCCACUGUCUCCCUCUCCGAGCAUCAGGACACCCAGACCAGCCAGCACCAAGCCAGAGCAACCUGGACCCUCAGCCACGGAUAGCGUUGGACUUGAACCAUUCCAACGCGAUGGCUCGUCGUCGAAAUCGCUCUCCUAUUCCACAGCGCAAUGCACCUCGUCAAGGAGGCCUCUCGCAUGACCUAAUGCCUCCUCCAAUGUUCAUGUCGACUAAUGUCGUCGAAAUCGCUCGACAGGAGUUCCGUCUUUUGCCAGAUGGAAGUUUGACAUUCCAGCCAGCAAUAAACCCUGCGAUGAUCAUGACGCCCAUCAUCACUGCAACGAACAACAUGACAAACAGCAUGGGCGGCCAGUCUCCGGCGCGCUUUCCGGAAAUGAAUUGGGGUCCCCAUGAUGUGUAUACGUCUGAUGGGGGCCUCAAUGCCAACCCACCACAUGGAGACUGCACCUCCGAAACAGUCAUUGGGCAGCUCGAUGCGCCAGUGAGACGGGCGGCGGAUGCAGUUGAACAGGGAGGGCAGAACGAAAGUGAGGAUGAGGAGGUCGCCAGUUCGAGUGCAGAUGAAGAAGAAGAAGAGGACGGGGACGAUGUCGAUGCUGAAGAUGGAGAUGAAGAACAGGUCGGGGACGACGUCGAUCGAGAAGAAGAUGAAGAGCACGAUGAAGAGAUGUUGCAUGGCGACGAGUAA